UCUAUUAUGUACUAUUUAAUAGGCUCUAGUUUGUAUGGACUGUGACAAGUGUUGCCAUUCUCAUAAGAUUGCCAUUCUCAUGAGAUUUGCAUACGCAUAGUCUAUUCAGCCAACGCUGCGCUGGAACUCUGGAACUUGUUGCUGUCACUGGGCGGGCCCUAAUGAUGUUGUACGCCUAGACGGGGGGUGUAAUUCAAGUGAAGGAAAAUCGAGUCAAGGGAGUUACCUCAACGGCUAGUUUUUCGAGAUAUGAGAUCGGGCCAUAUUUCAUGUYCGUCUUUCUCUAAAUUAAAAAAAGAAGUGGAGAAAGAUACAAUUGAGAGUUACACAGCCAACAUUCUGCCUAUCUGCUGGUGGACAAAUUUACCCCCCCCCCCCGUGCAUGCCCAAUUUCUCUGUGUUUACAAGUGAUUGAAACCGUGCCAGCGAAGAGGGAAAAGGAUAACCUAGGAAGGAGGGAUGGUGGACAAUUCCGGUAGCAGCAAGGCACAAAUGCCCAGCAUGUCACAGGAGAGUGGUCUGGGGGGUGUCUAUCCUCAGGGAGGCACRGCAGGAGGAAUGAAGCUGGAGGCUGUCAUGGAGCAGCUGCAGCGCCAGCAGCAGGCCAGGCUGGAGAUGGAGUGCAAAGAGAGGCGGCUCCGUGAGGCCCACAUCAUGUAUGCACAGCAGGUAGCAGCGCAGCAGGCCAUCCUGGCCGCGGCUAGGGCCUCUGGAGCUGGCUUCAUGGGCAAGGCCCUGGUUGGAAGUGGAGGUGCAGGGAUACCCAUAGAAGGCCCACUGUCCCGGGUCUCCAACCAGAGCAGUGUGGACUCAGAGAGGGAGGAUGAGGAGGGCAGAGGCCGGGAUUCAGGGGAUGAUGAGGAGAUGAUGGAUGGAGAUGAGGGGAGCGAGGAGGAAGAGGGAGGGGCUAGUGGUCUUGAGUACCUCCGCAAGCAGACACUGGCUCUACAACAGGGUGCCUCCCACCUCCCAGCGAAUCCAUUUGGUAGUUACUCUACCUCGGGCCCCCAGCCUGCCCCAUUGCCACCCGUCAGGGUGAAGCAGGAGCCUGACGAGAGCCGCUCUCCUGCAGGGCCCCACUCUGCCUCCUCCCCCAACGGGCAGGCCGACUGGAAUAGCUUUGAUGAUCAAUUAAAACAGAAUGGGAGCGCUGCUUGGGCUGAUGAGAAUGACAGUGGAAGAGGAAGAGGAGGAGAGGCCUCCAGAGACUUUGCUAAGCUGUAUGAGCUUGACAGUGACCCCAACAGAAAGGAAUUCCUGGAUGACCUGUUCACCUACAUGCAGAAAAGAGGGACUCCAGUGAACCGCAUCCCCAUCAUGGCCAAGCAGGUUCUGGACCUGUACAUGCUUUACAAGCUGGUGACAGAGAAGGGCGGCCUGGUGGAGGUCAUCAACAAGAAGAUCUGGAGAGAGAUCACCAAGGGCCUCAGCCUGCCCACCUCGAUCACCUCUGCUGCCUUCACCCUCCGCACACAGUACAUGAAGUACCUGUAUCCCUUUGAGUGUGAGAGGAAAGGUCUAAGUUCGCCAGGCGAGCUUCAGGCGGCCAUCGACAGUAACCGCCGGGAGGGCCGUCGUCCCAGCUACAGCAGCAGCCUCUUCCGCUUCUCCUCCAGCACAGCCCCUCACAUCCUCUCCCCUCCCAAGAUGCACCUGUCUGCACUGGGGGCGGGGGCCGCUGGGAGCCUCAACGGCCUGCUGGCCUCACCCGUCCACUCUCUCAAAAAAGAAGAGAUCACCCCCUCCAUGAUAGCAGCGGCUCGUGGUUCCUCMAUGUCCCUGGCGCUGGGGCAGCAGCAGAUGUCAGGGCUGGCGCGAGCUGCCACUCUGGAGCAGCUGAGGGAGAAGCUGGAGACUGGCGAGGGCCCUGAGAGGAAGAUGGCACGCCUGGCAGAGGAGCAGCAGCGUCURAUGCAGCAGGCCUUCCAACACAACCUGCUUGUCAUGGCCUCCCAGGUCCCCAUGAACCUGCGCCUGGGAAACAGUGCCACCGCUAGAGUGGGUUAUGCAGAUGUAUGCUGCAAGACACCCACAAGGAAAUAUGAGAAGCAGCAGGACAUGGCUCUGAGCAUCUCCACCAAUGGAUCUGCUAGCAUCAGUGUGUCUGUGGAGGUCAACGGCACACACUAUUCAGGAACCCUGUUUGCACAGAAGUCAGGCGCAACAGGGACUAGCGUGUCCACUGCGGCCACAGUGCCCCCUGCUGGAUCCAGCGCUGGGUUUGGGUUCGCCACCUCUGCUCAUAGCCACAGUCCAAGCUCCUCCUCYUCUUCCAAGGGGCCUUGCUCGGCCGAGCCCUCCGCCAGUGGCUCACCUUAGCUCAGGCCACCCUACCACCCACUCUCCAGGCUUUUCCUCACCACCGAGRCCUAGCAUGAAUACAGUACAUUGAUAAAUCGAUAAGAAAAAAACUGUUGCACAACAAAUACCUCAUCGCUCCUGUCAACCUUGGCUACCCAUUUAUGAAUACACAAUUCACACACCCAAUUACAUCUCAAGAAAACAUGCACCCACACACACACCUAUGCAUUUUACACACUCGACACACAUGUACACAAACACACAUGCAUUUCAGACACCCAGCACAGAGAGACUCUUAUACCAAAUGCAUGCUAAACACAAUCAAAGCGCUCAGCCAAAACCCACUGACAGGUGUUCACAACUGAACUUGAAGAGUUUUAUUUUAUGAUUUUGUUUGUUGCCAUUUGUAUUUUAWUUUUAUUUUUUUAUAAUUUUUUUAGUUAUCUUUAUACAUAUCUAAAAACAAGUAACCUGCAGUGGUAUCUUUACCUYAGGAGCUGUAGURUACUUCACCUGAAUUAACUUUAUUUUUGUAUCCUUUUUGAUCUUGUUGAAAUCAGGGGAAUUUUGGGGAAUUUCACAACGGAACCUCACUCACCUCAGCACACCUCCUACGCAUUUAUACAGUAACUCUAUCACAACGCUCGAGUUGCCAUGACGACGGUCCGUAGCCUUUUUACUUCUGAGUGCACUACAUUAUUGAUCCUACAGAUCGCCAUGUAAUACCUCGUAUACAGUAGUCACUCCCACAAUCAA